UCUCUCUCUCUCUCUCUCUCUCUCUCUCAUAUGUCGACGGUUCUGAUAUGGCUAAUUCUUGCUCUGCUCUGUCUCUCACUUGCUCCACACAAAUCAGGUGCGGAGUUUGAGCAAUGGUGUGUAGCCGACGAACAGACCCCGGAUGAUGAGUUGCAGGCAGCAAUGGAUUGGGCUUGUGGAGGAGGAGGAGCAGAUUGCAGCAAAAUUCAGGUGAACCAACCUUGCUACUUCCCAAACACUGUCAAAGACCAUGCUUCCUAUGCCUUCAACAGCUACUUUCAGAAGUUCAAACACAAAGGUGGAUCUUGCUACUUCAAGGCUGCUGCUUUCAUUACAGAGCUUGAUCCCAGUCAUGCCUCUUGCCACUAUGAGUUUAUUCCCUAAUUCAAAGGAAAUGCAAGAUCCCAGAUGCCCAUCAUCAAAUUUUAAAGUAGAGAUUUGCUGUUAUGGGAGCAUAAAGUCCUGCAGAAAUUGUACUAGUUGGCAGUAGCAGAGUAACACUCUUUUUUUCUUUUUUUUUUUGGUGUGCCUUCAAUUGUAAGCUUGCUCAGAAAAUCUAAGUGAGAGUUCAUUUUUGUCUCUAGUUAUAUUAUACUUCAGCUUUCCAUCACCACGGGUGCAUCACCAUAAAACAGAUGUGAUGCCUGUGGCUGUGGGUGGUAAUGUUUUUAUUUCAGUUGAAUUUGGUGUCCUGGUCUUUCAUUUGUUGGACUAGAAUCUGAUGCUCUUUUACUCGAACACAUAAUCGGGGAGGAACUUGCC